AUGCCAGACGUGUGGCCUGAUCCUGUGGCUUCCUUAACCAACAUCUGGGCAGCACAACCGGAACUUCUGCUACGAGUGCUGGCUGAAAUAGCUGCCGAGUUCUCCAACAUUCACAUGCCGCUUACGCAACGGAGUAAAUUGAAAACUGAACUUCAUAAAACUUCCGAGGAUAUAAUUCGAAUCAUAUCUACAGUUAUGGGUGCAGAAGACGCUUCGCCUUCUACACGACAAGCAGCAGUCGAAUGUGUAGAGCAGUGGGUAAAGUUGCCAGGCGUUGGGCUACAUCAGUGGACACCUGUACUGUCGGUAGUGUUUGGCGCUGUUUCUGAUGAUAGUGCUGCUCUUACCAAUCUCCUCAAUAUACUGGCGGCUAAUGAUGAGUUGACUUCUAUCGAUCAGCUUGUACAGGACAUAUGCCAGUACAUCACAACUGCUGGAGCUCAGGUAGGUCAA